AUGACACGACGACUAGUACCGAGUAAUAAUGGCUUGUGGAGAAAAGGCGUCUUGGCCCGUCGUAUGAGAAUACAGCGGCAGCGACGUCCUACGUUGCGUCUAGAGUCGAGCGCUUGUGGGCUUCCACAUCCACAGAAGCGCGCUACAGGUGGAGAGGAUGCCUGGUUUAUAAGCGGUGAUACUGUCGGCGUCGCGGACGGUGUCGGUGGCUGGGCCCGCAAAGGUAUUGAUUCCGGCGAGUAUGCGCGGAAACUCAAGAACUCGGCCGAGCGAGUGGUGGCGAUGGCUGACAAGACGCUUACGCCAUUGCAAGUGCUGACGGUGGCACAUCGCAAUGCAAAGUGUCUCGGUAGCUCCACGGCAUGUAUUGUACAACUGGAGGAUUUGUCAUUACGGGCGAUCAAUUUGGGUGACUCGGGCUUUAUAUUUCAAUGCCAUUACUUUAACUGUCCAUAUCAACUUGGUUUUGGUGCAAACGGAGAUGAACCGGAGAUGGGCGAAGUCUACGAUGUCGAGACACAGGAAGGCGACGUGAUAGUGCUAGGGACGGACGGACUCUUUGAUAAUUUAUUUCCAAAGCAAAUUGCAAGUCUCUUGGACACGGUAUUGCCAUUUACGCCAGAGCUUGACUUGCACAGUAUGAAGAAGGCAGGCUAUGAGUAUCGUGGUGGCAAGAUGGAUGACAUCACUGUCGUCACGAGCUUGGUGACGUCAGCUUGA